AUGGUCACCAAUACACAGCCGUCAAUGCUCAAACAAUCUCCGCGUCUUGAGCUUCCUGUAGAGCUUGUUCGCAUGAUCGUGGACCUCCUCAGUGACGACAUGUCUACUUUGGCUGCGUUGGCACAGACUUGCUCUUUUUUCGGCUACGAAUGCACCCACAAUAUCUACGAGGCAGAUGCGGAGUCUGAAAAUCCCAUUGCCUUAUCUUGGGGAGCUCUGACGGGUAAUCUAUCAGUGAUGCAGAAAGCUGUUGACUAUGGCACCUCGGUUACCCAGAGAUCUUAUUUUACCUGCCAGCCAGGGCAGCGGAAGGGAGUUUUCCUCCGCGAACUAGAGUCUCACACUCUAGACAUGAGCCCAACCGACCCAGCAACAUUUAUGAGGCUUGCCGACAUGCCGAAUGGGCCACAGACUUCAAGCGAGAGAUACUUUUGGGGUACGCCCCUCCAUUUUGCCGUGCUUGCCAACCGACCAAAGGCAGCUCUGUGGCUCAUCAGACGCAACCUGGCGACCUUGCAGAGAGGAUCUUUUGGCCUAUGCUCCGUGUACGGUUGCGGAGAAAUCUGUUGGCACCCCAUGUUGUUGGAGACCUAUCAUCAGAGCCUCCCGAUGCAUACAGCAGUAUGUUAUGGAAGAAAGGACAUCGCCAAGAUCCUCCUUCGCUACGGCGCUUCUCCCACGGAUUACCAGGAACACAACCAAGUGAAGCAGCAAGCUGGUGGCUUCCAAAUCACAGCACUUCAUGUUGCGGCCAUUUCAGGCCGCGCUGAUUUGGUACAACUUUUCGUGGAGGAGGCAGGUAUACCUGUCAAUGUUACAGAUGCAACCGGCCAGAGCCCGCUUCAUUAUGCGGCAAUGUGCACUCUGUCUUAUCCUCUUGCGACGAUACGGAAGCUGUUAGGCUUGGGUGCACGUCUAGAUGCUCAAAAUGAGACAGAUUUCAAGUUCCUUGUCCGGUGCGUGUUUGAAGGAAGAUGCAGCGUGGCCAUAGAGCUGUUGCGCCUCAGAGUGUGCAAAAACCUCACCGCCAACCACCUUGGAAUUCUUUUGCAUGCCGCCCUCACUCCGGCUGUCCUUGAGUGGGUGCCUAGUUUCACCGAUGUUGUCCACGCGCAAUAUGAUGAAGACUCCGUUUUGCUCAAUAGGGCACUCUGGGACGCAUCCGAGACCAGAAAUUCGUGGUUUCCCAGGGCGAAUCGCGAUUCCCACCGAGCAUUCCAAGAAGCCGACCUCGACGCCCCGAUACGCCAGGAACUCGUCGAGCUACUCGUCAGACGUUACAAAGUUGACUUGAACGCCUUUCUCCCCAACAUUCCUGAGACGCCGGUUACCAUUCUUGCCCGAUACAACCCUCGUUUCUGCGAUAUGCUCCGUUGUCUAGUGGAGCUCGACGCAGACAUCCCCAAAGUCAACGCUGAUGGUGAUACUGCCAUUCAAUGCGCCAUGAAGAGGUAUACUCACCGCCUCAAGCCCUGGGAAGCUGUGGGUCGCAUGAGAGACUGGCCAAACAAUAUUAUCAACGAUCCUGACAGUGUACUGCGCACCCUGGUGGCUGCCUGGCCUGCCAAUCAGUUCGGGACAGUGAAAAAAGAUGGUGUUGAUAUCUGGCAAUGCGUCUUCGAAGUCGUGCGCCAGAUCUGGAAGAAGCAGGACGUGGAAGCAUACACGGAUCUGUCAUCCAUGACUCUGGAUCUUACUCCGGAGCGAGAGAAGCUUUACAACACAGUCAUUGCCAAGAUCACAGCUUUGCGCCGGCUGUUUAAGAUGGAGGGUAAAAUGGCGAUGGUCAUGGGUCAAGAGCAUGAGUAUCCGGACUUUUCUGGCGAGAGGAAACAUCAGGAAACAGCAUGUCAACCUUCUUAG